GUCCGUAUAACAAAUUAGUAGAUCAAAUCAAUUAUACUGCUCGGCGAACAUACCCCGCCAUCGUUCUCAAGUUGUUCUCAAGGACUGCAACCAAGCUCACACCAAGUUUCUUUUUUUGCACCAGCAGUCAUCCGCAGCUAUUCCUCUUUCUUUUCUUCCUUCUAAGUAGCUUUGCUGCCGCAGGAUACCCCCCGUCUCUGAUCCCAUUCAUCACUAGUCAUGCGUACGGCUACUCGGGCAGCCGCCAUCCUCGCUGCCGCCGCCGCAUUGUUUACUGGCGUUCAUGCCGUUCAGAAAGUCUCAAGAGCGGGCAGAUACCUCUAUACCGAGGAUGGAAACAGAUUUUUCAUCAAGGGCGUAGCAUACCAGGAGCAGGGCGACAUUGCUGUCGACCCAAAUAACCGGUUCCUUGAACCGUCGAGUUUUAUUGAUCCUCUGGCGGAUGGAGACGCGUGCACGCGAGACUUGCCUUUCCUACAACAAUUAGGAGUCAAUACCAUUCGAGUGUAUAGCGUGAACUCGUCGCUCAACCAUGAUAGCUGCAUGAGCACGUUCAGCGGCGCCAACAUCUAUACCAUAAUCGACUUGUCGUUACCCGUCAAUGGUUCUAUUGACCGUAGCUCGCCAUCUUGGGCCGCGAAUUUGCUGGACCUCUAUAUCUCAACCAUCGACGUGUUCACCAAGUACGACAACGUUCUGGCGUACAAUGUCGGUAACGAAGUUGUCAUUGCGCCCAAUGGUACCGCAGCUGCCGCGUACGUCAAGGCUGCGGCUCGCGACACCAAGGCUUACCUCGCAUCAAAAUCAUCUUCUGCUCUCGUCGGCUAUGCUGCCAUUGAUGGCGACUCUACAUGGAUUGACCCUCUCGCGAAUUACCUGAGCUGUGACCCCAGUGGUGGAAACUCAGGCAACACCGCUAUUGACCUCUUCGGCUUGAAUAACUACGAAUGGUGUGGAGACGCAAGUGCAAGCGCUUACGCCAACAAGAAUGCACAGUUCGCAGGUUACAACGUCCCAGCCUAUUUCAGUGAAUUCGGUUGCAUCACCAGUCCCCCACGGUUGUGGACGGAGACCCAAGCGUUGUUCAGCGAGCCCAUGACGGAUAUCUGGUCCGGCGGUCUUGCUUUCAGCUACUUCCCCGCCACGAGCUCGCAAGGUCAAUUCGGAAUGAUAACCAUCGGUUCGGACGGGUCCGUACAAACAAGCGAUGACUUCGACCGUCUCAAGACGCAAUACGGCCAACUCAGCCCGCCCAAUAGUCCGAGCCAGAGCUCAGCUGGAUCGACGAACUUCCCCAGCUGCCCGCAGCAGAAUUCAUCCUUCUUGGCAUCGACCACUUUGCCCCCGACUCCUAAUUUUGCUGCUUGUGCUUGUUUGGAGAGUACCCUCAGUUGUCAGUUCACGCCACAGACCCCUAAUGUGAGCACUAUCGUUGGCCCACUCCUUGACCAGGCCUGUGGUCUCCUUGGUCAAUCCGGUGGCACUUGUAAUGAUAUCUCGGGUAAUGCUACCUCUGGCCAGUAUGGUCCCGUAUCAGCUUGUGACCCAUGUAAGCAAGAGUUGCUUUUGUCCCUACUGAUCCAUCGCAACCAACUGAUGAAUGUACUGGUUUUUCCGUUUUUAUUUAUUUUACUAGCUACCAAGUUGUCUUUCGUCAUGAGUCAAUUCUUCGAAGCCAACAACCGAAACCCGGAAACUUGCAACUUUGCAGGAAACGCAACCAUCAACCAACAGGCCCCUUCAUCAGUCUCAGCAGCCAACUCCGUCGCAAGCUCUUGCUUGUCCAACCCUUCUGCUACGUUCACACCAAGCGCACCAGCUUCUACUGGAAGUGGAUCUUCCAAUGGAAACGGUGGCUCUGGGGGCAGUAACAACAAUAAUAGCGGUGCCGUGUCUGACUUGUUCGGCAAUAGGCAGGCUUGGGUUGGGUUGGGCGUGGGUGCUGUCUUUAGCCUCAUGGGUGGUCUGAUCACCUUGGUGUGAAGCUCAGCUGUUGAGAAAGAGUUGUCUCCGUAUGCCACAACAACUCGUUUACGCUCGUUUUUUUAUUCAUUUGCUGGACAUUUUCCUGGCAUCUUGUAUUCCCAGACAUCAUUACCUAUAUGACGGACCUUUUUUUUUGUAUUUACGUUUAGUCCAGCCUAGUUAUUUGACGGUUUACGGACUGCCUUAUAUACACACAUAUACAUCUUAUUACUUUUUUCCUCCUUCGCUUUGUCUUGAUUAUCAACGCGGCCUUCGAUCUCCAUGUACUUACGCUCAAAAGCCAACAACAACAUCAUCAGAAAUAGGCACUGCAAAAUACAUGCCUGCGACGCUCUACUAUUGUUACGUGGUUCAGUCUGUGUAUGACAUGACGACAAGAUGCGAGUUCAACAAUUCAAUAACGUGCAAACGAGUAACUAAACGGGGUGGCCUAUAGUCCGUCGACAUGGUGUACUACACUAAGAUGUCUAGGCUCACGAUCAAGAAAAGUGAAAAAUGUACACAACUAAUUGAGUAGUAUUAGAUAAAGAAAAACGAUAUAGUCGCGUUCGGGAGGUCC